AAAUGUGCUUGAGGAUUGACUCCAUCCCAAAAAUGAUCCUCUAUUGUUUUCUUCUGAUCCUUCCAAGCUACUCUGAAGCCUAUGCUGACUCGGAUGGCUAUAGAAAACCUAAAAGCGAUAGUGAAUGGAUGAACAAUCUCAAAAGGGGAUUCGAAGGUUCUUGCAGGCCAUAUGGCAAAAAUAUCAGUCUGACCUACGAUCUGUCGAAGUUUCGCAAUCUCGAAGGAUAUGUGAACAAGAUAGAAUUUCAGCCAGAAAAAUACCGUAUAUUCAGCAUGUAUACAAGAUGAGUUGGAUAGCAGGCUGUAGCGACUCGGUGGGCUCUUGCACCUAGAUGUUACCCGAGGCCUGAUGCUCGCCCGAUAAUAAACGACGUACCUA